GCGGCCUGACGCCGCCAUGCACGGGCCUCCCUGCGCCACCCGGAGCCCCAAGGGAGCGUGGGGUCCGCAGGCGCGGCCUCCAGCACCGCCGCCGGCCUCCCCCGCGGCGCUGAGCCGGUCCCCGGCCCAAGCCUCCUCCCGAGGGCUCCUCCACCCGCCUCGCUGCGCCCCGGGGCCCCGGGGCCCAUGAGGGCCUGCGCUGCCCGAUGCUGCUGCCCGCCGCCCGGACGGCGGCCCGAUGCCCGUUAUGCCCAUCCCGCGGCGGGUGCGCUCGUUCCACGGCCCGCACACCACCUGCCUGCACGCCGCCUGCGGGCCCGCGCGCGCCUCGCGCCCCGCGCGCACCAAGUACAACAACUUCGACGUGUACGCGCGCGCGCGCUGGCUCUACGGCUUCAUCCGCUUCUUGCUCUACUUCAGCUGCAGCCUCUUCACCGCGGCGCUCUGGGGCGCGCUGGCCGCGCUCUUCUGCCUGCAGUACCUGGGCGUGCGCGCCCUGCUGCGCUUCCAGCUCAAGCUGUCGGUGCUGCUGCUGCUGCUGGGCCGCCGCCGCCUGGACUUCCGCCGCCUCAACGAGCUGCUGGUGUCCGCCAUCCACGUGACCAUGCUGCUGGUGGGGGGCCUGGGCUGGUGUUUCAUGGUCUUCCUGGACAUGUGAAGUCGGGUGGGGGGCUUUGAGAGGGAGCCCCCCUAGGAGGGGUGUGGCAGCGCACCUGGAGGGGGGAGUCCCAGCUUGAAGGGGUGUCCUGCCUGGCAUCCUUGAUCAGCGCUGCUGCUUGAGCGGGUUGCAGCCAGCCCCCCAUCCUCCCAGGCUGCAGGGGCGCCUGGACCUGGCCUAUGCAGAAAGGCCCCACGAGGCUGACCGUCAUCGAGAGGGAGCCCCAGAUCCCUGGUUCCUGCAGCACCACCUUAGAGGGUGACCCCCAGGAAAAAGAAAAAAGUCAAAUGUAGAUCAGGUGGCAUCUUCGUUCCUGUUGACUUUCUGGCCCUCCCUUUGAGGGAGUGCCCCAGUUCCAUACUGGUAUCCAUCCUGGGUAGAUGUGAGGUCCCCAGGGGCAACACAGGAGCAAACCUGGGGGUACACCAGGUUUACUUCUCAGCUCCCCUGGCACCUACCUGCCUUGGGAGCUGCUGGACCAGUGACCAGCAGGGGGAGGGGAGAGUUUCUGGUCAGCAGCUUUCUUAUUCUGCAGGGCACGGGUUGCUCUGGGGCUGGGGCUCAGCCAUCUCAGCUCUGGGUGAUCCUGGGCAGGGAUUUGGGGUGGGAGGGGCUGCAGGGUGCCUGGGAGUGACAUGAAUCUACUGCCCCAAGCAGAAACUCAGGCCAAACUCAGGCCUACAGGGCUGGAAGUGGGGGGCAGCCUGGACCCUCCAGUGUGAGGGUGUUUGCAUACUCCCUGGCUGAAUGUCUCUUCUCUCCCUCCCCCCCUUUUUGCACUGAGUCUUGCUUUGUUUCCUGUUAUGUGGUUCAAGUUCUAGGGCCCCAGAGCCCCCGUCUCCGAGGUGGGUGCAUGUCCUGGGAUGAGACGGCAGCUGUCUGCCAGGGCGCACCAACCUGCUCGUUGCCAGUGCCUGUGGGGUCCUGUGAAGGAACCGCCUGCAUUAAACUUAUUUUUCUACUGUGA